AUGUCUACCUGCUCAUGGCUGUCCUCUAAGAACCUUUCCAUUUUAGCCAGACUCAACAUCUUCACCAAUGCAAGUGUCGCUACCCCAUCACACGGUCUUGAAGUCGUAGCUACAUCAACAACGUUACAGCAGCAGCCAUCAGCAGACCCCCUUCCAACCUCAGAACCAUCUGGCACCUCUGUGCCACCACCCUUGAAUGACGACUCCGACUUAUUGGUGGCUGCCGAGCAGAAAGCCACUCUCGUACAUGUUCACUCACUCAACCGCAUUACAGACAAUCUGAUGCAGCAGUCAGAGCAAAAUGCUCAGGCACUGACUCAGAUGGGCACAACUCAACUUAUGGGGCCAGUGCACUACGGCUGUCUGUACCAGAUCUUGCUCGCGCGCAUGUUCAACUACAAGCAAGCUUACUGGAUGGACAUAGUGAAGAAAUAG